UCCUAAACUCAAUAUUCAGCGAACGACGGUAGAAUGCGUUAGUGUUCGUAAACAAAAAAAUACUAGUAUUCCUGGCUAUCAGUGCAUCUGCUGAAGGCUGUUUUCGUUUUAUUUUCGAAAUUCAAAGAAACAAAUCUUUGAAUUAAAUGACGAUUGUCAUAAUUGUGACAUGAAAGUACGUCUAUCAAUAUCAAUAUUAUUAUUAUCAUCAAGUAGCUGAACGGUUCUCUUAAAAUGUCUUCAGAAAGCGGUUCGAUCUCCACAACCGGUACUGAAAAAUAAAAGUUACGUAAAAAGUGGUGGAUUAUGAGGAAUAAAAUACCGGUAUCACAAAACAGACUAUACCAGCGAGCUGGCUGAAGUUCUUCAGCGACGCGGGGGUGCCACGGGAGGCAAGAGCCUCGUACGCGUCUGCCUUCGUGGAGAACCGCAUCGAGCGCAGCAUGCUGAAGGAGCUGAGCAAGGACAUGCUGCAGGACAUGGGCAUCCGGCCCAUGGGCGACAUCAUCGUCAUCCUGCGGCACAUCCGGGAGCUGCCCAGCGAGGAAGUGCUGGAGAAGAUGGCUGCUGUGUCGGGCGGCAACAGCAGCGGGAACGUGGCCAAGGUGCGGCCCCAGACGCCCGCGACUGCUAAGGAGAGCAGCCAGAAACCCACCCCACUUGCUGAAACAAGUGAUGCACAGUCGGUGAGCACAGUCACAGUCAGACGGUCGGUCCCAAGGGUGCUGCAGAGGGUCCCUAGAACAAAUAGUCAACAAGUGCAGUUGCAGAGGAGUCAGAAAAUGCAGACGACCAGAGUUGAACGCAUGCCAGGAAACUGUGCGUCUGCCGUGAAGAAAAAGAUCACAGUGAACAUCAGCAAGGGCACCCCGUUGAAUGUGACUAAAGCUGCUACCCCAUGUAACACAUAUAAUGCUACCCAAUCUAACACAUCUAAAGCUACCCCAUCUAACACAUCUAAAGCUACACCAUCUAACACAUUUAAAGCUACCCCAUCUAACACAUCUAAAGCUACCCCAUCUAACACAUCUAAAGCUACCCCAUCUAACACAUCUAAAGCUACCCCAUCUAACACAUCUAAAGCUACAAGUUUGAAGAGAAUUGCAAAUUCAAAACCCAGGCAGACGCCAAGUGUAAGCAGACCUCAAAAUAGUGCUGAUGUUUUGGGAGACGUGGAGUUGGAGGUGAGCCGUAAUAAUGAGGCUCCAAGUAUGAAUGAUUCAAAUGCGGUGUCUCUAAGUGAGGAACAAGAAAUAAAUGCGGUGUCUCUAAGUGAGGAACAAGAAAUAAAUGCGGUGUCUCUAAGUGAGGAACAAGAAAUAAAUGCCAGCCACCAGCAGAACAAAACCAUUCCAGCCAUGGCCACUAAGAAGGUCAUCACUCAUUCGAGGGGUAUGGUGAGUGCAGGUGCCAAAGUGAAACUAGUAAAUAGAGGUGAGAAAAGGCCUUUUGUUGGAACCAGUGCAGCUGUAGCUUGUACUCCAGAGGGCGGUAAUGCGGUGACAGUGCAGAAAAGGGGUAUUUUGAAGAAAAUAGCUUCCCCGGCGAAGGUGACGCGCACGACAGGUAAUAUGGAGCCGACGAUCAUCAGAAACUUUGUGCGCCACACCGGUACCGUGGCAUCCGGCGAUGGUCCACGGGCAGCGGAGGAGGCAGGUGUGCGUGGCUCUGUGAGCCCCAGCAAGCAGCAGCGUGUGGUGUGUGAGCCCAUGCUGCUGCCUGCCAUCGAGGACGACGACGACGAAGACGAAGACGACUACGAAGAGUCUGUCGCGCAGGAGCCCCUGUGCGGCGAGCAGGACGAACCUGGCGACGAGCAGCAAGUGGCUUGGCGCUGCCCCCCGGAGGCAGUAGCGAGACCAGCAGUGCAGAGGAAGAACGUGGUGUGUGUGCGCUCCAGUAAGCAUGGCGGCCAGCAGGAAGCAAUGCCAGGCAGGAUGGUUAGGAGGCUGCCACCCAGGUACGAGGGCAAGUACAAGGUCAUCAUGCCAAAGAAUUGGCCCCGAUCCAAGCAGACUGCCCCAGAGGAGGACUGUGAGGAUAGUUUCGACAGCAUUAACGAAAAUGGCAAAAUAUCUGAAAAUUAUGAGAUGUUAGUUGGUGAUGAGCAAGAUGAAGGUAACGAAGAGUAUGGAGAGGGCUGGCGUGAAGAGUGGGCGGAAGAAGAAUUAACUGAAGAAACUUACGAAAACAAUCAAUUAGAAGCAAACUUCAGAGUGCAGUCAGAAGAAAACAAGCAGUCUGUCUUUCAGCGUUUGGGAUACAGAAACAGGAGUAAAGGUGGCCAAAAGUUUGUUGGUUUCGGCAGAGCUUCCAGUUCGUUAUGUUAUUACUUGAACAACAAGCCACUCUCUGUAUUCUCGCGGCUGGGUACAGCCCACUACAGGUACGGGUACAACCGACCUUACAAGCCAGGGAUUGCCCUUGGCAGAGAUCAAAGAGAGUACAGAACACAUAGCAUUGUGAUGAGAAACUCCAACCGUCCCUACAAGGCCGUGAACACCAUCGAGUUGCAACCAGCGCAAGACACCAGUGUGAACAACUCGUGGCAGACAGGGAGACAGGUGAUCAACCAACCAGUGGUUGUCAGGAAGAAAGGAUCCACUUUUGUGCACCAGAUUCCGAGGAAGAAAGUGACUGCCCCUACAGAGUCAAAUACCUCGGACCUGCUUGCUGCAUCAGCCAAGAAGACUGUGAGGUUCGGUAUGAGUGAGGAGCUGAGCUGCAGCAGCGAGCCUCGGAGCACUCCCAAGAGGUCACUGAAGCCGCUCCCUGGCUCCAUCACUCUGAGGACCGGCAUCUUUAACAAGCGCAACUCGUAGCCUGCGAGGCAUUCCUGACGCACCAGCACUGACCAUUAUUAUUCCUUUCAAGGAAUUUAUUUUUCAUUUUAGUUUUCAAUCAAUGUGUAAAUGGCAAAAGCAAAUUUUUUUUUUCUAAACAUCAAUUUUGUUGACUAGAUAAAAAGUUUCAGGUUGGAAAUAUGUGAACUAUGUACACACACCAAAUAUUUUUUCACGUGUGUUGGAGCGUUGGAAGUGUGGAUGGGUGAAGAUUCUGAAAAAAUGUUAGGGAUUGUGUUUGCGUAGUGUGCUGGGGAACUGGGUCUCUUGCUUGCCAAGUGCAGUGAAGUUAACCGAAGAAAAUUGGGUGUUGGCUGCAUGAAUGUCUUGAACUAUGAAUUGUGAAAAAGAGGUUUUACUGUAAUUGUCACAUUGUUUUCAAACUGAUGCAUUUCGGAAUUGCACCUUUAUUUUCUUCAUGAUUUUCAAAAUAUGGUGUUUUGUUUCACAUUGAGAGAGAGAUGUAAUUCAUACAUCACUUGUGCAAAUUUGUUGUAAAAUUUUGUUUUGCAAUAAAACUACAUUUUCAAUA